AUGCGCGACGUGCUGCAACAGGAGAUGGCGGGGGCGGGGGCUGGCUAUGUGACGAGCGAGCUGGACGCGCUGCUGUGCCGGCCGGAGCUGGACCGGCUGCGCUGUCUGGACGUCGAGCCGGACGUGAAGCGCGAGUCGCCGCUGCCCCACCACCACCACCACCAUCCCCCGCACCACCACCACCAUCACCACCACCACCACCACCACCACGGGCUCCACCACCACGACCCGUACCUCGAGUCGUCGCCGGCGCCGGCGCCCGCCCCCAGUGACUCGCCGGUGGGUCACCCGUCGGGGGCGGGCGCGCUGGCCGCCGCCUUCUCGUUGGCCACCGCCCCCGCAGCCGCCCCCGACGACGACGUCUUCCUGAGGCCGGCGAUCUGGGAGGACAUCACCUCCAGCAUCCAGAAGCUGGACCCCGAGAACGCUGAGAUGCUCGCCGCCGCCAUCGUCAAGAUGGAGUCCCCGGACGACAUGGACCGGCUGCAGGUGCCGCUCCACCCCAGCUACUUCCAGCCGCAGCCGGCGCACCACCGACUGCAACCUCAGUCGCAGCCCCAGCAGCAGGCGGGGGCGGCAGUGGUGGUGGGGGCGGUCCCCGCGGCCGCGCCGGCGCCGGCGCCGUCGCUGUCCUACAAGCUGGCCGGCGUCGCCGCCUCCGUCUCCGGCUCCCCCUCUUGCUCCGCCUCUGCGCCCGCCCCCGGCUCGUCCGUCCCCGCCCCCACCCCCGCCCCCGGGCUGCUGCCGCGGCAGUUCGCGCCGCCGCCCACGCCGCCCGCGUCGGAUCCCGGCUCCCCCGGCGCGCGCCGCACGCCGCCGCCUCCCUACCCUGCGCAGGCGCAGGCGCCGCACCCGCAGCCGCCCCCGCAGCCUCCGCCUCCACCUGCAGCCACGGUGCUGGCGGCUGCAGCCACCCCUACGCCAAAGUACAACCGACGGAACAACCCAGAGCUCGAGAAGAGGCGGAUCCACCACUGCGACUACAUCGGUUGCACCAAGGUCUACACGAAGAGCUCCCACCUCAAGGCGCACCAGCGGAUACACACAGGUUAG